GAUACUAAGGGAAGGAGGGGUUAUAUCCUGAACUACCGGAGAGACGCUCAUGUUCACGCUCACACUACUCGUCAACUGUCUGUCCUGACAAGAGUGAGACAUCAGAUGUCCGCGGGAAAUAUGGACCAUGAGAGGAAAAGAAAAAUGAAGGAGCAAUGUGCCCUGAGGAAGGACAUCAUCAAAGAGUUCCUGGCAGAAUUUCUGGGGAUAUUCGUAUUAAUACUAUUUGGAUGUGGCUCGGUGGCCCAGACGGUGCUGAGUAAGGGAGCUCUGGGAGAACCCCUGACCAUCCACAUCGGCUUCACUCUGGGGGUGAUGAUGGCCGUCUACGUGGCUGGGGGAGUUUCAGGGGCCCAUGUGAACCCAGCAGUCUCCCUGGCCAUGGUGGUCCUGGGCAAGCUGCCAAUAAAGAAGUUCCCUGUCUACGUGGCAGCACAGUUCCUGGGUGCCUUUGCUGGAUCUUGUGCUGUCUAUGGGUUGUAUUAUGAUGCCUUAAUGGAACACACAGGAGGAGUUAUGCAAGUUACUGGCGUCAAUGCCACAGCUAAUAUAUGGGCUUCCUACCCUGCCAAGCACAUCUCAGUCCUUGGAGGAUUCGUAGACCAGGUAAUAGGAACAGCUGCCUUGAUCCUGUGCAUUCUGGCCAUUAUUGAUGGGAAGAACAUUGGAGCUCCUAAAGGGAUGGAGCCACUGUGCAUUGGCCUGAUCAUCAUGGCCAUCGGAGUGUCCAUGGGACUCAACUGUGGCUAUCCCAUCAACCCUGCUAGAGACCUGGGCCCAAGGCUCUUCACUGCUGUGGCCGGUUGGGGCAUGGAGGUGUUCCGUGCUGGAGGCUGCUGGUGGUGGAUCCCAGUAGUGGGGCCCAUGGUGGGAGGAGUGGUGGGAGCCGCCGUUUACUUCCUGUUCAUCGAGCUGCACCAUGCCGAGCCUGAGAAACAGAGGGAGAACAACAUCAAGGACAAAUACGAGAUGGUCACCCUGAGUUAGACAAAGAGGCCAUGAGCACCAAUGGUACUGAGGCUUGGCAGCUUCCUACCCCUUUAACCCUCAACAGGCUAAACAUUCACCUCAAUGAGGCCACACUUGACACAACCUUCUCCGCUUGCACUAGAGUAAUUUCCUCUGUCUAAGGGACCUGAGGUCAGGUCUCAGUCUCUGCACUCUCAUGGACAGGUCCGCUGAAAGAAUGCCAGUUGAGCCAACACAUAAAAAACACAAACAGUAUGUAAUGUUAAAUUCACAAUCACAAGCUGAGAUCUCAGGCAUGUUUACUAGCCCAUGACAUCAUCAUCAGGUGUUCAGACUAUCCAUUCUACUCUGAGGAUAGUUCCUGAGUACAGUGAUUUUUAAGAAUUUACAUUGCAUUUCUUGUUUGUACUCUCUCUCUCGUGGAGCACAGAACUGUGUAUCGUGACACGGCAUCACUUCUAAAUUAUUUUUAUCUGACUUUUAUUUCCUCGUAUAUAACGUUCCUGCUGUCGUGUGCACACAUUUUCAUAGAAGCAUGAGUAGGGAAGCCUAGUAUCUACAGUACCAUUGGACAUGUUUUAAUAAACAAAAUACUGUAUGAAGAGUCCAAUGAGAGAUAGUUUACCCCACUGGCCAAUAGCCAUAUGGGAAUGUAUAAAAAUUGUUUGUUUAUCGUAAUCAAUACGUUAUUCCUCCAAUGAUGUGACUAGGAUUUAACCACUGAGGAACUCCUACACUAUGACCUAUAGUGAACUGGACAAUAACAGAUAACAUCAGUGCAACUUCCAAGAAUAGAGCCCUUCAACUCAGACAAAAACACUCAAAUGAACCAAAUGAUGUUAUUUAGCCAUGGGUGGGCAGAGCAACAUGGAUGGGCAGAGGAACAUGGGUGGACAGAGGAACAUGGGUGGACAGAGGAACAUGGGUGGACAGAGGAGCAUGGGUGUGCAGAGGAACAUGGGUGGGCAGAGGAACAUGGGUGUGCAGAGGAACAUGGGUGUGCAGAGGAACAUGGGUGGGCAGAGGAACAUGGGUGGGCAGAGGAACACUAGUUCCCUAUUCCCAAAAGAGCCCUCACCAAUGGAACACAUAGCAUUUUAUAACCUGUAUGUGGCUUACUACUGAACCAGAUAUAAUUCGUAAGGAAUAAUAAAGCUCUUUAGAAAUUA